AUGCCCAUGCGCGUCAAGACACCGUGGAUCGAGGCGUUGACGAAGAGUCGCGAGGAUGCACAGUCGAGCCAGACACCUCGUGCGCAGGGAAAGCCAGACUUGACACCAAAGAAAAUGUCAGAUAGUUAUUACAGCGCCAUCCUCCCCCUGAGUCAAGACAAAUGGUUGCUUGAUUCUUACCUGAAUGCUUCGGGACAUAUCAGACUGGGAUCACUGCUGAUGGACCUGGAUGCCUUGGCGGGCAUCAUCGCGUACAAACACGCCGGUGAGUCGGUAGCUACUGUGACGGCGGCAGUGGAUCGAAUUACCAUUGAGCAUCCUCUAAUGGAGAUUUGUGAUCUUGAGCUGAGCGGUCAGGUCACGUAUGCCACGGGGAGAUCAAGCAUGGAGGUGUCCCUUCAAGUGACCAAGGUCCCUGCAGAAGGAGAACCGGUGAAGCCGGAGGAUGUCCUAAUUACCUGCGCCUUUACCAUGGUGUCGCUUGAUCCCGCCACCAAGAAGCCCGUUCCUAUUGCACCUUUGCUUGUGGAAAAUGCGGAGGAACGUCUUCUCUUCCACAAGGGCGAGGAGAAUUAUCAAGCCAAGAAGGCUCUGAGAACGAGGAGUCUCCUGGAGAAGGCGCCUGACGCUGAAGAAAGUAAUCUGAUACAUAGCAUGUGGACGAAGGAGAUGUCCUAUCUGAAUCCCGAAUCACCUGCUCAAAGACCUGACAAUAUGGUUUUCAUGAGCGACACGGUACUGAAAUCCGCCAUGAUUAUGCAACCGCAGGACCGCAACCGACACAACUUUAUGAUCUUCGGUGGCUUUCUCCUCAAACAGACUUUCGAACUGGCAUUCUGCUGCGCCGCCUCUUUUUCCCAUGCCCGUCCCAACUUCAUCUCCCUGGAUCCCAGCACCUUCGAGAACCCUGUGCCUGUGGGAAGCGUUCUGUACCUACGGGCUACGGUCGCUCACACAGAACCCUUGGAGAGAGACGGCACCACAUACACCAAAGUGCAGGUCCGCGUCGACUCCAAAGUGAGGGACGUGGAGCACGGCAGCAGGAAAUCUACGGGCCAAUUUAACUAUACCUUCUUGGUCGAGAAAGACAUUCAGGUCAUGCCCCGAACUUAUGGUGAAUUUAUGCUCUGGACCGAUGCGCGCAGACGAGCACAGAAUGCUGCCGCCAUGGUGACUGGUUCUAGGGAGCCCAGCACUCUUCGCAACAUCAAGGAUAGUACUCAAGCUCUUGUGGAAGCCUCAAUGUCACUCCCCAAUGUAUGGCAUUUACGUCGGGUGGCCGAUACUGCCGCCAAAGCAUGCUUCGUUUGCUACAAACCCUCCACUAGUGUUCUGAUUACACCAGACAACAAGGAUUUCUUCUAUGUCUGCCCUGUCCAUCUACAAGAUAGGCAUUUCUGCUCUCCCAUCGUGGACUCGGAGCAGGCAGCAGCCAAGGCAAAGCAGGAAGCAUUGGCGCGGGAAAUAGAGAUAGUGAAAAAGGAGUAUGAAGAGAAGCAGCGACGGAAGAAGGAAAAGGAGAAGGACAAGAAGGCCGAUGACGAGUUGAAGGAUUCAGACAAGAAACCCAAGAAAUCGGACAAGGAGGGCGACAGCGGCGCCAAGUCACUUGAGAAGGAGAGAGAUGAGAAGAUCGAGUCUCUCACAAAGUCCGCUUCGUCGUCCGCUAUGAAUGACUCGCCUCGUAUUUUCGCUUUGCAUAAAAAUUUCUACCAGAUGCGCGUCGACAGACAGCGUAAUAUUGAAAUGACCAAGCGGAAUCGUCAGCGCUUGCAAGAACCGUCUCUCUUCCCGUCUGUCCCAUCUGGCGAUCUUUGA